AUGUAUGUAAGGUUGUACAUUAAACAUCAAAUUUUGUCACCGUUACCAUUUAAUAAAAAACCAAUUUUAAUUAAUUAUAACUCACUUGAACAACAAUUGUUAUCAUUUUGUAAAAAUAAGACACAACAUCAUAAGUUAAAUAUUGAUCAACAACUAAAUACUUGUACACCUCAACAACAUCAUCUUAAACGUUACUCAAACUCAGAUAACGAUGACGAUCAUCAGGUUAUAAAAAAUACAAAAAAACAACGUUUAUUAUACGCACAAGCAGGAAUGGAUACCAUACAUAAUUCAAUCGAUACAAAUGCUCAGUCUCCAACGCCGACAGCAACACCAAGUCGAUUAUGCAGCGUUUGUGGAGAUAUGAGUACAGGAAUUCAUUUUGGUGGGAAUUCAUGUGAAUCUUGCAAGGCCUUUUUUCGUCGUUCUGUUCAGUGUACACGUCAUGCCAAUUAUAAAUGUUCAUGUGAAGAAAAAUGUCCAGUGAAUAUAAUGACGCGAAAAGUGUGCCAGUAUUGUCGUUAUAUCAAAUGUGUUUCGAUUGGAAUGAAACCGAAAUGGGUAUUAAGUGAUGCGGAACGAGAAGAAAAAUAUGGUUCACGUCGUAAACGUUUUCGUGAAAAUCGUCAAAUUGAUGAAGAUCCAGAUAUUUAUAAAUACAUAUCAAAAGAAGAAAAACUUUUAAUUGAAGAUAUGGCACACGCAUUCUAUCAAGCAAGAGCGUAUUUAGAAUUUCCGAGUCAAUUGGAACCAGUCAGUAAUCCAGCUGCAUCAACCUCAGCCACAACGAAUAUCACAACACCUAAACCAAUGAAUCCAGCUGCUAAUUUCUUAACAAUUCCUAUACAACGAUUAGUAUUAUUUGCACGAAUGUUAAAAGAUUUUAAUUUAUUUUCCGAAGAUGAUAAAGUUAAAUUGCUUAAAGGAAGCGCUAUGGAAACAAUCGUCUGUUCAUCGAAUACACUAUUCGAUCCUAAGACUCAAACAUUUAAUAAUUAUUUAUCUCGUGAUCAACAUGCCGUAAUUGAUAAUUCAAAAUUAAAUUUUGAUGCAAUGCUAAUUAAACUUUGGGGCUUAGAGUUGUAUGAAAAAACCAAAACAUAUUUAAGUAGUAUGUGUAAUUUAUAUACAGAUGAAGUAUCAACAAUUUUGAUAGUACCAAUUAUUCUUUUUUCACCUGAUCGGGCAAAUUUAGUUGAUACUAAACUUGUGAAUCGAUUACAAAUUAAAUAUUCAUGUUUACUGCGAAAAUAUAUGAAUUGGAGAUACGGUGUGGAGCGAACUGAUCAAAUAUAUCCAAAAUUAUUAUUAAAAAUAAUUGAUGUACGAACAUUGGGAUUAGAACAUAGUGAAGUUAUACAGAAAUUUAUGGCAAUAAGUAAUGUUAAUCCAUUAGUACAAGAAAUUAAUAUCAGAGACACAUCAGGACUAACUGGAACAACGGUAGAACAAUCUUCGACUGCAGCAGAAAAUUCAAAUUCAGUACGAACCGGUAGUACUGUCUUGACCAAGAAAAAACGUCAUAGUACUUGCGAAACAACCGAUAAACAAGACGAAGAAAUCGAAGAAGACGAUGAUAUUAUAAAAUUAGAUAAAACAUUAAGUAUUAAUGAUGAAGAUGAAACUAAUAGUGAUUGUAAAAGUUCUAAAAGUGACGAGGAUUCAGAUGAUUUAGACGCUAUACAACAACGAAAACGUUCUCAAACGUUAACAGCCGAAGAUAGCGAUGAAACAGAUCCACGAAACAUAUGGAAAAAGAGACGAAAAUUAUCUUAUUCACGUGAUUUGUCGCAAACAACAUCUUUAGAGUAUGAUAUAUCCCUAUGUGGAAACGAUAGCGACAAUAGUCCAUCGAUAGCAGCCAAUGUUAUUUCACCGGGUAAUCCAGCGGAUGUAAAUAUUAAACAAGAACUAUCGCCAUUACAGCCACCUCAACAAGAUGGAAGUGGAGCAGCAACCGCCCAAGUACAGCAUCUUUCAAAAAAUCUAAUAAAAAUUAAUGAUCAUCAAGUACCAGUUUUAUCUCCAAAAGGAUCAACAGGAAUUUAUACGACCAAUCCCACGAACCAUAAUGAGUUGUGUUGUGAUGGAUGUUGUCGAAAUACAAAUAUACCACGCUUCUCAGUAACAGAUCAGACAGAUGCUUUAUCCACUUUGAUUAAUAAGCAAGAUUCAGGUAUGCGAUCGUCUCAAAAAUUCCGUCAUUUGCCGUUAAAGAAAACGUUUGUGAAUCAACAUAAUGGUGAUUAUUCGAUGAAAAUGAUUGAUGAUGAUAUUCCAACUAUGAGUAUUGCUUCACCCGUAACAAUCCCAUCAUAUUACAAUAAAGAUAUGACAACGGCUCAAAAAAUGUAUGCAGCACAGCAACACGUGAGUGAAAAUGUUCAGACUCGACAACAUCAUCAUUAUCAUCCGCCACCACCACCACCAUCACAACAACAACAUUAUCGUUAUCCAACGACACGCCUUUCAUCACCGAAUUCACAACAACAACAAAAUGAGCAACAUUUAUUAAUGUUAUCACUAGCAAACAAUAACCAGAGUACAACUGGUAGCCAUCAUCAAUCUCAAUCUAACACUUAUUAUAACCAGGCUUCUUCUCGAGAAGAAGAAGAACAGCAAUUAUUAAGUUCCCUUAAUGACCCGUAUAAACGUGAUUUUGUCUUGAAACUCUUACGAGAAAUGAAUCAGUCGUCACCGACACAUUAUCACCAACAACAACAUCAUCAUCAACAACAACAACAACAGAAUGAUCAGUUUCAAUCGCAGUUAAUUCAGACAACAGCACAACAUCGCUACUCUUCCUUGCCAACUGCUCCGAUCGAUAAUCAUAAUCCACAUUACAGACCAACAUCUCAACAAUUAGAACACACAACUGAAACCCAAUACUCUUAUGGUAUGCCCUCCCAAGAUCAGUAUUCACAAAUAUUAAAAUCAACAAAGCCAACUACACGAAAUAGUCGUAAUACAUCAGUCUAUGCUUCACAUGAUUAUGCACAAGCUCAUUUAACACAUUCACCAGUCGGCGAUCAGACUGAUAUUCAAUAUAUAUAUACAAAUUCAUCGUCAAAUUCUCCGAACAAAAUGGAUGGGUCAAAUUUAUAA